UGAAUGCAUGAGGUUGCCAAAAUCCAGGGUGCGCGCCUCAUGGGUCUGCUGCGUUCAUGACCACAGCAGCCGGAGUCUUUACUUACUCUCCGGACGGACACCAUGAGCUCAAGACCAGGCGCAGCGCCCUACUCACUUCCAUCGACCCACUUUACAUCUGGAGAACGCACCUAUACCUGUCUCAAGCCGGAAUCUAAACAAUGUCUGCACAACCUGCUCCAUUACCGACCACCCAAGCUCCGGGUCAGUAUCCGAAGUCUAGGUCGGCGGCGGUACUCGUUGCGUUGUUCGUCGGGAGACAUGGCGACCUCUACGUGCUACUGAUCGCGCGUCUACGUUGCGAACAUAUGCUGGCGACACAUCGUUACCUGGCGGAAAGUGGGAGCCUCGCGACCGCACCAUCGAGCAGACAGCUCGAAGGGAGGCGUAUGAAGAGGUCUUCCCAUAGAUCACCGGAAAGUCCCCUGCUAUGUAUCCUGGAGCCUUUCGUGGCUGGUAGCCCGGGACAAUUGAUUGUCACUCCGGUCGUCGUCCUUGUGCUAGACAAGACUAUCAAACCCAUACUGAACGCCCCUGAAGUCGCCUCGCUCUUCUCCCAUCCUAUAGGCUCUCUUUUACACUCCGAACCGCCUUUUGCUACCGAGCACGAGAUGCUGGAGCUAAAGUAUCACACCUAUCAUGACAUUGACUGGCGGGGCGGAGGCAAAAUCCGGAUGCACCGAUUCCUCACGGGUAGGGAAGCGGGAGGUACCAAGCCGAUCUUUGGCUUCACGGCCGGCGUACUGAUCCGCGUCGCGACCAUAGGCUACGGCAGAGAGCCCGAUUUCGAUGUCUACGCGCCGGACCAGACGUCGCAAGAGGGGCGCAUUGCGUACGAAUUGAGGGAAAAUCCAUUGCUCAGGGAAGCAUGUCGGGAAGAGGGUAUCGAUCCGGACAAGGCGCCCGAACCAUCACAGUUGAGGGCGAGGUCAGCCCGGAGGAGCGAUGGUCCGAGAGGACAUCGGAGGCGAGCUGUCCGGAGUAAGCUCUGAUAACGGACUUUCGUUUCCUCAUAUGACAAGAACUGCACCAAUAUAUGUAUCCCUUGCCCGCAUGGAUUCGUUCGUUCACCGUUCAAUCGCCGGGCUUGCAGCGUCGGAUUGCAUUGCUGUAUUCGGUCCAUGUCGGCCGUGGCGAAGACGGCUGUCCUCGGAUUGGUGGCUCACAGAGGACGUGCAUUCUUGUGUGUAAAGGGACGCUUUGCUAGGACUUGUAGACAGCUUGAAGGACCGAGCGUGCGCGUG